GGGAGGGAGAGCUGCCGAGCGAGGGAGUGAGAGAGCGAGCGCGAGCGUGAGCGCGCGAGCCAGGGAGGGUGUGCGUGUGUCUGCGUCUGCCUUGCCUGCGCCGGGGCCGCCGCCGCUUGCAGUGCUGAGCUCGGAGCCCGGCUGGCGGCGGCGGCGGCUUGGGCUGCCGCUGCGGCAGCUGGAGCGGCGGCGGGAGACGAUGGCGCUGUGCAUGCCGGGCUCCGGUCACCGUGCGGAGGCUGUAGGAAGCCAGGACUCCGAGUAGCCGGGGCUGGAGCCUCGGCUGGGCGAGCCCCCCGCUGAGGACACCCGGGCCGGCGGCCGCGAGCCCGAGCCGGGGAGCUCGGCGGCAGCCGCGGCGGCGUCAGGAGGAGCCGCGGGCGGGGUGGUGGCGGCGACAGCUGCUGGGGUGUGGGGGGGCGCGGGUGCGCGGCGGCCGGGGGCGGGAGGGGGUUGUUUUCGUUUGGAGCACUUCACUCGACCCCCUUCCUUGGCGCUCCCCUCCCCCCGUCACUUUCCCCGAUCGCCCGGGUCGCUGAUACGGCCGCCGCCGCCGCUGUUUCGGGAGGCGGAGGAGGAAGAGGACGCAGUUCCAGCGACUUUGGAAGCACCCGGCGCAGGCUGCAUUGAUUGAUUGACACCUCCCCGCCCCAGUUUUGCGGUGUCCCUCCCGCGCAAAGAGCCUCUCUCGGAGUUGUUUCAGUUACUGAGCUGUGGACACAGGACGGAAAGGAGGAAGCUGACACCCCUCUCCCCUUUUUAAAAAAAGAAAAAGAAAAACAAUUCAGUUUUUGCAUUUUCCUCGGAAAGCAUACAAGGGAGGAAAAGAUCCCGAAGCAAAGGUUGUGGGGUCUUCCCUAUUAUUCUGCUCCCUCCUCCCCGCUCGGUUCCCCACUCCCCGAAGGAAAAAAAAAUCCCUGGGAGAUGGUGACAUAUGAAGCGAGCCGGGAGGACCAUGGUUGAGAGGACCAGCAAGUUCUUGCUGAUCGUGGCCGGCUCGGUGUGCUUCAUGCUGAUCCUGUACCAGUAUGUGGGGCCGGGGCUGAGUCUGGGGGCGCCCAGCGGCCGCGCCCUGGCCGACGACUUGGACCUCUUCCCCACGCCCGAUCCGCACUACGUGAAGAAGUAUUACUUCCCCGUGCGCGAGCUGGAACGGGCGCUCACCUUCGACAUGAAGGGCGACGACGUGAUCGUGUUCUUACACAUCCAGAAGACGGGCGGCACCACCUUCGGCCGCCACCUGGUGCAGAACGUGCGCCUCGAGGUGCCCUGCGACUGCCGACCGGGCCAGAAGAAGUGCACCUGCUAUCGGCCCAACCGUAGGGAGACCUGGCUCUUCUCCCGCUUCUCCACCGGCUGGAGCUGCGGGCUGCACGCCGACUGGACGGAGCUCACCAACUGCGUGCCCGGAGUGCUGGACAAGCGGGAGAACGCGGCCCUCAAGACUCCGAGAAAGUUCUACUACAUCACGCUGCUGAGAGACCCAGUCUCGCGAUACCUGAGCGAGUGGCGUCACGUGCAGCGCGGCGCCACGUGGAAGACCUCCCUGCACAUGUGUGAUGGGCGAACCCCAACGCCUGAGGAGCUGCCCCCGUGCUACGAGGGGACGGACUGGUCGGGCUGCACCCUCCAGGAGUUCAUGGACUGCCCCUACAACCUGGCCAACAACCGCCAGGUCCGCAUGCUGGCCGACCUGAGCCUGGUGGGCUGCUACAACAUGUCCUUCAUCCCGGAGAACAAGCGGGCGCAAGUCCUGCUGGAGAGCGCAAAGAAGAACCUGCGGGACAUGGCCUUCUUUGGCCUGACGGAGUUCCAGAGGAAGACGCAGUACCUGUUUGAGAGGACUUUCAACCUGAAGUUCAUCCGGCCCUUCAUGCAGUACAACAGCACGAGGGCGGGAGGCGUGGAAGCCGACAGCGACACCAUCCGCAGGAUCGAGGAGCUCAACGAUCUGGACGUGCAGCUCUACGACUACGCCAAGGACCUCUUCCAACAGCGCUACCAGUACAAGCGGCAGCUGGAGAGGAUGGAGCAGAGGAUUAAAAACCGGGAGGAAAGGCUCCUCCACCGGUCCAGCGAGGCCCUUCCCAAGGAAGAGGCAGAGGAGCAGGGACGCUUGCCCACCGAAGACUACAUGAGCCAUAUCAUAGAGAAGUGGUAGCCCCGGGAGCCUUUUCUACUGGACCACCCAAGAUUCUCACCCAGGGGGCCACGCAGUUGGGGGGGAGGGGGGAGCGCGAUGUAAACCCACAAAACUUUAUUUAAAAAAUCCCAAGUCUGUUUAACAGAAGAUAGAUGUGUCUGAAAAAUACAUGGCGGGGCAGGGGGGUGGGAGGGAAAGGGAAGCGUGGCUUUUUACUCUUUCUACAAGGCCGGACAUUCUUGAAAAAUAAAUAAAGGCAAAUUUUAAAUGGGUCACAGCCAGCUCGUACUUAACGCAGAACCACCAGGGAAGCGCUCCACACCCAAAGUCCUGGACCGGGUGGUGCAGGUCCAGAAGAAGCUCGAGAUCCUUUGUCUGCAUCUAUUCCCCGAGCUCCCCCGGCCUGUGGAGGAGAGAAGGCAGCCAUAGCUUUUAGGAAAGAAAAAGAAAGUUGAGGGGGCAGGAUGGCCAACCUAUGGGUGCUGCUGGCACUCAGUUCACCCAACCACAAAGAGGAAAAUAAAGAAAGAUAAGGCAGGGAGGGCUCCUGGGGGGGAGGGACAUACAAGGAAUUGCAGAAGAAUACCUAUCCCAUGCCAGUCCCCAAUCACCUUACCUGCCAACCCAGAGAUCAUCUGUGGAGAAUAGGAGAGAGAACCAAAUCUGAUUCCACUGGGACACCCAUUAUCCCUUCCCUUCUCUAGGUACAGCCUUAAAUGUCAAAACACCAGGGUUUUGUUUUAAUUUGAUUGAAUGCAUCAGGCAAAUUCUUCAGGCCACAGGGACCAUCUCACUCCAAACCCAGAAGAGACUCUGGUCCGAGACAAACCAUCACCCAUGCCUUUAUUAUCUGUGACUGUCUGAAAUUUUUAGGAGGCCAGGGACCUUUAGCCAGGGAAACAAUUAUUUCUUUUGAAUUACCUUAAGUGUUUUCCCUACAGUUGUCCUCCUUUAGACAAUCCUUGGCUUUCCAAUUUUUGCCUGACAACAGCCUUCUUACUUAGAGAAUAAUGCAACAAGAAAGCCAUAGGAAAAUAAAUAAAAGGCUAAUUUUCAGAAGAAGAAAAAAGCCACAAGAAGAAGGGAAAUGGCAAGUGUUGGGUCUUUGGCAUGAGUCGUGCCAGCCCCCAGUGCCACUGAAGAUCAUCCCCCAUUCCCCCAAAGGAGUCAGAUUUCUUUCUCUUGCUUAAUAUCAGAAUCUCUAGUUGGAUUUGAUGCCUGUCUAAAGGGAACCAGCAACAGAUUCCUGCCCAUUUCCAGCUAUCUAAUUCCACAUUUUCCAAACCACUUGGGUAUUUUUGCUACUCUACUAAUCACAUAUGUAUUGACACCGAAAGGAUUAGGGGAAGAGAGAUCAUCUUAAGUAUUAGACUGAAAUUAAUCACUCCUUGGAACUGAACUAUUAUGGAAGGUAGACUGUGAUCAGAGGAAGGCAGUUGUGUGUUCCAAAGCUGGGAGCAUGCCUGUGAUAUAGGAGAGAAAGGGGCCCUCCAAGUCAGGCCCACGGAACUAUUUUUACAUAGCAGCUCUCACCCCUGCAAGUCCAGCCAUCACCAGAUCCUGCUUUUAUCCCUGGAAUCUGUGGCUUCAGAGGGUAUCCAACUGGCUUAAAUGGAAUCUCCAUCCAACGUCCCAACCAACAUCCCAGUGCAUGGAACCAGUUGGCCAACGUGGAGAUGUUACUGCCUGAAUGGACAGGACAGAGCAAAAAUGAGGCCUAUAUCCUACCCGGGAUGGAAGCAUCCCCUGAGUGUGCCUAACACUCUGGAAAAGACUUUAUGAAAACCCUCCCUCAUGUUUGGAGAUUUGCUAAUGGACUCGGGAUGUGACCCCAGUCAAAAACUCUGCCCCAAGCCUCAAACUCCAGUUGUUUUCACAUUGCUUAUUUGUCUUACAGGCUCCAUAGAAAAAUGGGGUGAAACCUCAGUUAAUAAAAAAAUUUCCAAAACCUCAGUUAACUACAGCUCAACUGUAGGACCCUCACUUACCCAGAAUUGUUUUGUAGGAUGGAGAGGAAGGGAAGGGCAAUGGCUGCCAUUUUCCUUUAGAUGAAAGGAAUGCAAACCCCAAGGAAAAAUACUGGUACAAAAAAAGCACUUUACUCAAGAAAAUAAUUUCUAAGGGCUGUCCUGAGUUCAUUUUGAAUACAGCCCAGUUCUACAUCUCGCUCUGUGUGUCGCUCUCUCUGUCUCUGUCUCUCUUUCAACAUCAGACAAUUUGAGUGGAUGUUCAGAGCAGUGUCCUCAAGGCCCUACAAGACCCUUAGUCAGGAAAGAAGGAUCCCAUUAAGUCGUCCACACACCUCUGAAUGAGACAGGCCUAGUAUUGUAGAAAAUGUUUCACCCACAGAGGUUAGUACCAGAAAGAGUAAGUUUAGGCCUAAUUCUUGUUGCUCAGAAGUUCAGCUAACCUGAAGCCUAGAGUUUUACUCUCAGCCUCUUCCAAUCCCUCCGCUGUUUUCAAGGGCCAGCCUCUAAUGAACAUUUGUUGAGCACCUCCCUAGCAGAUUCCAGUGGGAUGCUUUGGCCCCUGGUGUCUUUGCUUCCUGAUGAAUACUAUUUUAGAACCAAUUUUCCCAUCCACUAACCCCAUUCAUUGUUAUCCCCACCCAAGUUCCUUUCCCAAUCCACUGACCAAGCUCCCAAAGCAGUAUUACUCCCCAAGUCUUCCUCUCCUGUAUCCUUUCUUCUUCCUUCCUUCUCUUGCUUUCACUCGCUCCUGCUUUCCUUUCUCACUUUACCCUUUGUCUCCAGAUCUCCAUUUUCCAUCAUUUCCCUCCAGGCCUUUUUACUCCUUUCCCACUGCCAUCUUUUUUUCCUUUCUUCUUUCUUCCUGUAGUGAUGUUUCAACUUCCUUAUAUCUCCCUCUCUCCAACGUUCCCGGUACCCCCUCUGGUCACUCUAUAAAGUAAAGCAAUAGAAAGCAUCAGUGAAGGGAUUCUCAGUCCUUUGGUAUUCUAAGGUGGUCCCACAGAAAAAUACCCCAGCUCUAUGGUAUGGCCCAGUGUCAGAACCCCAAAUGGAGCUUCCCCAGUAGCAAUCCUGGGAGACGGAUUAGGCAAAUCCAUUCCAGUCUUCAAUUAACUCAAGUGAAUGUCCUCUUCCCUCCCUCAGCCUGAGAUAACACCUCCAUUCUAUAGCAGAUCCAGCCAAUGGAGGUUUCAGAGAUGCUUUCAAGGUCCCAGGAGUAUCCCCAGCCCUAAAGAAGCCCCAGACUCCUUGCUUCGAAAAAGUCUCCAACACUAGACAAGGCCUGGCAUUUCCACGUUCUCUGGGUACACACCGAGCACCCCCCCUUUCCUGGAAGCACGGCAGAGUUUCCAGAGUGGGUUUUGACAGCGGUCCAUGGAGUAGAAUAAAAACAUGAUGAUGUGUAGCUAUUUCUGGUGCUUUCACAUCUUUUAGGUGAUCCUCAUGACACCCCUGCGAAGAUAACAUUUUUAAUCUUCUUUCGACCUCCAGGGGUGUCAGUAAGGACCUGGCUUUCACUAAGAUAUCUAGGCAAAAAAUCGCUGAAAAGAAGGGGAUAGCUUUUUUUUUUCCUGGUUUGACUUCUUGCUUUAGUACAACAUGGCCUGGUAUGAGGACUUUAUUGUCCUUUAUUUAUAAGAGGAGUCAAGCACCAGAUGGGAUGGGUUCCUGGCUUCUGUGCCCUGGCAGAAGGUCCGUUCACUGGGGGCAUCAGGAGGCUCACCUUUCUGGCCCACUUCUGCCAGCCUAAUUAAAAAUGCACAUCAGAAGCUGAGUAUGUCACCCGGACAGGCAGAGAUGAUUGGGUGGGUACCGAUUACAUGUGGGGGGGAUUAGGGGCUUGGGGGUGCACAUGCAAGAAAUUACGGUAAUAAUGUGGGUGAGUGUAGAAGAGUUGGCCCUUCUAAAUGGCAAACCAGUAAUCGGUGGUUUAACUUUGAAAAUCUUCAUGGAGAAUAGCUCUAAUCAAACUGGUCAGCUGUGGUUUGGAAGAGUGGCAGAAUCUCUCACCAAGAUUAGUGUGGGCUGUCGAGGCCCCCUCAUGCUUUACACUUUCAGGAAGGGCCCGAAUGUGGAAGGAGUCGUCCCCAUGGCUCUCUUGCAAUCCCCUUUGCACCCAGCCUGGCACUCCCUCGAAGGACUGCAUCCAGAGACCUGUACUCUGACCGGCUGAUCUUCUUUAAAAACAGUGCUGGAAGCACGUGAUCUGUUUUGUACAUAUGGAAAUAUGUUUUAACUUAUUUUUAAUUGCCCCAAUUGCCCUUAAAGUGGUGAUUUUCUUUUUCUCUUUCUUCAUUCACAUUUGGAUAUUAAAAAAAAAAAGGCUUCUUACUCUUUCUGUCACCACCAUUUCGGGUGCCCGUGAGGCAGAGCAAAGCCGCCACUGCCAAUGACCGUCCUCGAGUUUUUGGUUCAUGCUGUUGGCUUUUGAUUGAAGGCAUCACCUGGGCUCCCUCUCGCUUCGCCUCGGCAUCCUCUUAGAAGCACAAGGGAUGACCCCGCGGGGAAGGGGAGUCCCCCUUUCUGAUGACUCGGCCAGGGGAUUCAUGGGGGGAGGAGGUGGCUGAGAGGACAAACUCAAAAACUCAGUAGUUAAAAAGUCAGUCCCUGCCCCAGUCCCAGCACAGGCCCAGAAGACCUCACUGCCCCCUGGAGCUAAGCGAAAGGAAAGCAGGGUUUUCUGAGCAAUGAGUCUGUGGCAUUGUCAGAAACUAAAACUGUUUCGCUUGAGCCUGGUAACAUUUAAAGCUUUUAUUUAUUUAUAGCUUCUUAACAAAAAAGGAAAAAAGAAAGAAAGAAAAAGAAAAUGUUGUGUUCAUUGAGAAGGAAAUGUUUGGUUAUUCGUAUACGAAAAUGGUUCAACAACAACAACAACAAAAUAAUCUAAUUGUUUUUGUCUAGGUCAAGAAUGAAUGUUAGCAAAUGAAAUAAAUCUUCAAAUUGAA